AAACGAACGAAUGGAAAUGGUUGGCGAAGGAAAUUGAAGGAAAUCCUUGGACUGCUGCGCUUUUCAUUGUAAUUUUGUGUAAAUAAAAUUUAGGAUAAUUGUUUUGUAAUAAGUACUUAAAUGGUAUCAGUGGACUAUUUUUGUUGCUAUAAUGUCAAAUAGUUCGAUUGAGGGGAAGCUGAAAGGUUUACAAGAACGUUUCGAAAAUGAAAUGCGUAUUCGAAGAGAAGGUGGUUUCAACAACCAAGGUGGAAUUGGGACUCCCAGGCCGGGGGGUGGCAGGACCAGGCCGAAGCCCCCAUCAAUGUUUCCCACCAGAAACAUAACAGAAUUCCCACCAAGGUCACCGCAAGCUUCUGAGACUGAAUACAGAAUGAGAGAGGUUUAUAAGGUUAGUGGUAAGCUGAAUGUUGACGGCGUGGAGUACAGAUCACACGUGGACGACCUGCAGCAGCUGGGCGAGCUCGGCAGCGGCACCUGCGGCCAUGUUGUCAAGAUGCUCCACAAACCUUCCAACACUGUCAUAGCUGUUAAGCAAAUGCGUCGUUCUGGCAAUUCGGAGGAGACAAAACGUAUCCUAAUGGACUUGGAUGUGGUGGUCCGUUCCCACGAUUGUCCCUACAUCGUAAGGUGUUUGGGCUGCUUCGUGACUGACGCUGACGUCUGGAUCUGCAUGGAACUGAUGGCUUCCUGUUUUGAUAAGCUGCUGAAGAGGCUCGGAGCUCCUAUACCUGAGGCUAUUUUGGGAAAAGUAACGGUAGCGACGGUGAACGCGCUAUCGUACCUGAAGGACACGCACGGCGUGAUCCACCGCGACGUGAAGCCGAGCAACAUCCUGCUGGACGAGCGCGGCAACGUCAAGCUCUGCGACUUCGGCAUCAGCGGCCGCCUCGUCGACUCCAAGGCCAAGACCAGGAGCGCUGGCUGUGCUGCCUAUAUGGCUCCGGAGCGGAUAGACCCGCCGGACCCGACGCGGCCGGACUACGACAUCCGGGCCGACGUAUGGUCGCUCGGCAUCUCACUCGUCGAGCUCGCCACCGGAGUCUUCCCCUACAGAGACUGUCAGAACGAUUUCGAAGUACUCACUAGGGUAAUAGCAGACGAUCCCCCGCAGCUUCCAGACACCGAUGACUUCACACCAGAGUUCAAAUUAUUUGUGUCCCAGUGCCUAACAAAGAACUACAGACAGCGUCCCAAAUACGCGAAGCUUCUAGAACAUCCGUUCGUUGUCAAAUCCGCGCGGAGUUCCAUAUCAGUGGGCGCGUGGUACGCCUCCCUCUCUAUCUCGGGGCAGGGGGGCGGGGCUAAACCCACUCCUUCGCCACAGACCACGCCCACUGCCCCUAGUAAUGGCGUCGAGACGCCCGUCACUCCACAACCAGUGAGGAACUUCGUGACUAGCUCGCAGCAUUGGAUGGAGCAAGUUACUCCUACGCCAUCGAGACCGUGGUGGGCGACGAGUGGCAACGCGAACGCUGGUGGAAGCAGUUCGCAGCCGACCAGCUUGGAGACUGACAUGUCGAACCAUUCGCCAUACCCUAGGAGAAGAACAAUAGACGCGUGCGCAUCCCCCCCACCCCCACCAGUGCGCAGGGUGUCAGCCGAUAAUCGCUGGCGUGCGUCCCCCGCGAGUUCGGGUAAUACUAGUCCUAUAGUACUGCAGAGGUUUUAUCAUCAGAACCAGCAGCGGAGAUCCAGGGUCGACUUGCAUUCUACUCCUAGGCAUAGAAGUUUAAGUAGAGAACACAGUACAGGGAGGUCGCCCGAGCCCCCGCCCCGGACCAGUCGGCAGCACCAAAUGUUAGGACACGAAGUUUCAGCGAACGGUAGCACUACGGAACUAGAGCCCCCAGCGCUACAUGAGAGGUUGCACCCACCGUCUCCCUUACUACUCAAUGAUAGGCUAUCAGAAGGCCGUAGUCAAAGCCUGACGCGGGCGGAGCUCCGCAACGGGUACCGCGCGGACCCGCAGCCGGCCGCCACCCACAAACACCACCACGACGACCAAGCGCGCAGGGACAACCACCAUCCACAUCAUCUGCAGCACAGAUGGGGUAACAGCGAAAGUUGGAGUAUGCCGGCGUCGCCCCUCCCUCCCCGGGCGCCGCCCCCGCGCCCCGCCGACUAGCGGCCCGCCCGCGCCCCGCGCUGUGGCAUCCAGCACUUACAGCGCUGCUUGCGUCGCUGCAUUGCCCAGUUGCGCUUGAAGAAGCGCAACUACAUGACCUAAGGAAGCUAAUAACACAGAAGUACUGGUUAAAUCACAUAUUUCGAUCAAUUUUGAAUUCUAUUGCAUAAAAGACAAGAUAAAUUAUUGAGAACAGCUAAUAUGACAUAUUUCUUUUAAUACUAUCUUAAUCUAUAAGCAAUUGAGUUCAAAGUUGUCUGUUUGUGUAUGGGGUUCGGUAUUAGAGUUCUAUUGAGGACUGCAGUGAGUAUAAGUAAGUGACUGAUGCCAUAAUGUUCCCGCAACCAAUGUUGUUCAACGUUCUACACUGUAUAACUAUCUAUAGUAAAUAUAUAGGAAGAAGGCACGACGGCUUUGUAUUUUAUUACUGCUUAAGGUACGGUUUCAUUGCACGCGACUGAAAUCGCCGACUUGAGUUGUGUCCUUCUGCGAUCCGAUUAUACACAUCGUAGUCGGAUAUUAGCAAAAGCAUUUCGUAGGAAACGUGAAUCCUAUAGCGACUUUAUUUCGAAGCAGUCAGCGUCAUUUUUGUAGUCGAUAUCGACUACAGCUUAAUUGCAGUAGCGUCAGCCUAUAAUACAAUUGUAUUCAAAGUGCCUGAUUUAAGACUGAGAACAAUAAAAAUAGUCCAUUGAAAAUCGCGAGUUUAAUAAAAACAAACUACCUCUAUGUAUGUGAUUUACUCCUCGGACUUUGUAACAGUCUUUUAAUGAGAGAUUAAAAUGUCGCGUUUCAGUCGCCUGAGUGAAACCUCGCCUCUAUAAAGAAUAGUGAAAAUGCCGCGCAGUAUCCAAGCGGUGUUCGGCUUAUCGCGUGAUAAUAAUUACUUAGCAUGUUCAUAGUACACUUUCAAAUAUUUUGGAACAAAAACACGUUUAGUAUAGUAUGGAGUUGUGACGUCACAGUGAUAUAUUUUCGUAUAUACUAUUUAGUAUAUAAAUAUUUAAUCUUGUCAAAAUCACUCGACUCCAGGUAUAGGUCGUAUGUUCCAGUAAAUGACUAAAAAGUUCAAUUCUAAUUAACAAUUAUAAAGGUUACUUUUUCAUACAAAAGUUUGGACACUACUGUACCUUUCAAUAAAA